AUGUCCAAUCAUGCAUAUGCCUGGAAUAAACCACAGUCGCGUCAAGGCCCCGCCAUCCCUUACAAAAAUGAAGCUGGCUCCAAUCCCGUACUUCGCGGAUUGGCAUUAGCGGCGGUAUCGACCGUUAUUGCGUCUUCCACCCACAUUCAGAGCGUCUUCUGGAAACUCAACGGAUUCGACAAGCUCAAAGAAAUCGAAGGGCUCGACAAAUAUGAACCUCGACAUGAUCCCACCGUCGUACCCAUACCAGCGCAGUCUGAGAUUCCAGCUUCUCUGGCAGAUCUACGGCCUCCUCCUCCGCGAGCUUCCCCGACCAACUACUACACUUGCGCAGACUUCCACGAAAUAUACAAGUCCGGCAAACUUACUCCAACCGACGUCGUUGAGUACCUCCUGCCUCUAAUUCGCCGCGACAUUCAACCUGCCGGUCUAUACUCUGUUGCUUUCAUCGAUUCCAAGGUACACAUUAUACGGGCGGCGGCAAAGGCGUCCACAGAAAGAUAUCAGGCGGGAAAGCCGUUGAGUGUUCUGGACGGAGUCCCCCUGGCGGUUAAAGAUGAGGUGGAUCUCACAGGAUAUAAAAGGACCCUGGGGAGUCAACUCGAUUUCACAGACGAAGAGGACCGCACAGCCUGGUGCGUACAAAAAUGGCAGGAGGCCGGUGCCGUGAUAAUCGGGAAGACCAACAUGCACGAGAUCGGUCUGGACGCCUCCAACAAUAAUGUGACUUGGGGUACUCCGUUGAAUCCUCACAACAACGGCUAUUACACUGGUGGGAGCUCAGGGGGUUCCGCCUUUGUUGUUGCCGCCGGCAUCUGUCCGAUCGCUCUGGGAGUGGAUGGCGGCGGUUCGAUUCGACUGCCGGCGGCUUUUUGUGGUAUUUAUGGUCUCAAGACCACCCAUGGCCGAGUUUCUGCUCGGGUCGGGCAUGAAUGGACCGACAGCGUCGUGGUCAAUGGUCCUAUGGCAAGCAGUAUUGAUGAUCUCGCCCUGGGAUACAGAAUCAUGGCUCAGCCCGACUCUCUCUCCAGACGGAGCUCCAAAUUCCCCAAUCCCUUGGUCAAGGAGCCUUCGAUAUCGGCCAAGGUUCAGGGCAAAAAGUAUCUGGGAAUUGACCGAGACUGGAUGAACCGAUCUGACCCUGUUGUACUUGACAUGUUCAACGCUGCCGUCGACCAUUAUGUGAAAACCCAGGGUUAUGACGUCGUUGACAUCCAAAUUCCUCUUCUUCCGGAGGCCCAAAAAGCCCACGCGCUGACUAUUCUGUCCGAAAUGCGCAGCAAGGUCACGAAGGCUAAGAUUUCUAAGCUGUCAUGGCACAAUCAGCUUCUGCUCAAUGUCGCUGGAGGCCAUGCGACCGCGCAGGAUUUCCUCUUCUCUCAGAAACUACGGAAUCUCCUAAUGUGUCAUCUUGCGUGGCUAUGGGAGGAAUACCCUGGUCUUCUAGUGAUAUCACCCACAACACCUUGUGCUGGAUGGAAGAUCGGCAAGCCCAGCGAUAUAACCAGCGGUUAUGGUGUGAGUGAUGGAGAUAUGACCUUGAAGACCAUGGAGUAUGUCUAUUUGGCAAACUUUGUGGGCACUCCAGCCAUCAGCUGCCCAAUGGGCUACACAGAGGAGAAUGUCCCAGUCGGCCUCAUGGCGAUGGGUGAAUGGGGCAGUGAAGAGCAAUUGAUUGCGUUUGGCAAGGACGGCGAGUCGUUGCUGGCGGGUAAAGGUGGGGUCCGACGACCAAAAGCCGACAAAAUGUGGAUUGAUGUGCUUGCUGAAACGAAAGCCGGUCAAUGA